AAAUUACAGUGCACAUACUUUACGUUAGUUCGAGCGUAUUCGACUGGACAAUUGUCUACUGUCCGGUAUACUUUUGUAAGUAUCUAAUACUUUGGAUGUCAAGUGAGUGGCCUACUCAUUCAUUUUGUGUUUGUUGAAGCCUUUUAAACUUUAAAUUCUAUGCAGAACUAAUAAUUGAGUCUUAUUAUGCAGUAGAAGUUAUCUUAAAUUCUGUACAUACUUGCAGCAUCAACUAUCAACAACUAUUUGAGUGCUCGUCUCAGGUUAACGCGCUCUUUCUCUUUCUCUUCCAACCUGUUAUAAUACUUAGAACACGAAAGGUAAUUUAGUGGUUUCAACAUAAAAUUAUUUUGAUUGUGCAAUUAAUCCAAUAGACUCCCUGAUGCUUUAGAGUGUAUUACAUUAUUGUAUUUUGUUAAUUAAUCAAACAUCCUUGAUAAUAAACGGAGUCGCAAUAAUAAUAUUUGUAUUUUUAAAAUAUAAUUAUUCACGCAGGAGAAAAUUACUUCUAUUUGUACUGUAAUAACAUUUUUAACAUUAUCAUUUUAAUAAUGCUACUACACGAUGAUUUUUUCACACCGGUCCGCAGUAGUUUGUUUGUCUGUCAGUCGUGUUUCGAUUGAGUGAGUAGGUAUGACGUUUCAAGUUGGACCAUUAUCAGGGGACAAUAAUGCUCGCAAAUUGAUUAAAAUCAUCAUCUGACAUCAGUACACUCUCUCUACAUAAUUCUAAACAAAAAAGUCGUCGUACUUAUGAAACGUUCAAAUUGAUGAUCAUUGAAACGGUCUUAUUGGUGAUUUGCCACUAUUAACUUUCUUCUUUUAUCUAAAAUUGGAAAUGUCUGAAAAAGACGAAGAAAAACCUGAUGCUUUGGAGUCCAAUAGUCCAUAUCCGGCCAAACCAAAUUUAAAAGGAGACUGGAUGAAUAUAAAUUUACUUUUGUUGUUGUAUAUGUUUCAAGGUAUACCUCUAGGUUUUUCCGAUGCAAUACCAUUAAUAUUGCAGAAUCAAAAAAAUGUGUCAUACCACGACCAGGCAGUAUUUAGUAUUUCACAUUGGCCAUUCAGUUUAAAACUUUUGUGGGCUCCUAUUGUCGAUUCUUUAUUCAUCACUAAAAUCGGCCGAAGAAAAUCAUGGCUUUUGCCAGUUCAAUAUUUACUAGGUAUACUUCUUCUUUAUUCAUCAUUCAAUUUAGAUAAUUGGAUGUACAAAGAAAACAAACCUCAAGUGAACAUGUUGGCGUUUAUCUUUGUAGUUUUAAAUUUCUUGGCGGCGACUCAAGAUAUUGCUGUUGACGGAUGGGCUUUAUCUUUACUUAAGAAAGAAAACGUGGGAUACGCGUCAAUGUGCAAUUCAACCGGACAAGCGAUUGGAGUAUUUUUGGGUUACAUUGUGCCAAUACUUCUAGACUCUGAGAGGUUUUGUAACAAUUUUUUGCGAAGUACACCCUCAAAGGGAGGUGUUGUGUCCAUGAAAAGUUUCUUUUAUUUUUGGGGAAUCGCAUUUAUUGUUGUAACAUCACUGGUUGGUAUAUUAAAAAAAGAGAACAAAAAGUUACCUUCAAAAAGUGUCGAUGGAAAAAUUGACGGGGAAAAAUUUAAUGUACUGCAGACAUAUGUUAUGUUGUGGGAUAUCAUGAAAAUAUCAGGUGUCCGUACAUUGGCUUUAGCUUUACUAACGUACAAGAUUGGGUUUGUCGCCACGGCAAAUGUAACUAAUUUGAAGCUAAUGAGCGCUGGAUUACCAAAAGACGAUUUAUUGAUCGUAAUUACUGCACUCUAUCCAGUAAAAGUUAUUAUUCCAUUAGUUGUGUCCAAGUUUACUUCGGGCCCAAAACCGAUGAGUGCACUUUUGAAUGUUUUCCCUUUCAGGCUACUUCUUGGAUUUGUCGCUGCUUUAUUGGUUUAUUACACUCCAAUAUUAAUAAAAAAAGGAGGUAAUGGUGAAAUAAUAAUACCUUUUGAAUACUAUGUUUACUUGGGCAUAUUUGUGUUUGUUUUUGAGGUAGUGGUAUACUUUAUGCUUGUUGCAAUGUUGGCGUUUUUCUCUAGGAUAAGUGAUCCUUUAAUUGGAGGCACAUAUAUGACUCUUCUAAAUACGGUAUCAAAUUUGGGUACGUCUUGGACUACAACAUUAUCAUUAAGUGUGGUUGAAUGGUUAACAUUUAAAUCUUGUACAAGUAAUUUGAAAAAUAACUGCUCUUCUAAUAACCAUAUAGAGGAGUGUAAAUUAGAUGGGCAAAGCUGUACAAUCUUUUUAGAUGGUUAUUAUCUAGAAAUUGCAAUUUGUUUAGUUUUAGGAACAAUGUGGUACGUCUACUAUAAUAAAAAACUUCGAAAUUUACAAAAGAAAAGCGAAGAUCAUUGGACUGUUAAAUAGUAACAUUAUCUACAGAUUACAAUAUCACGAUUACAAUAUAUUAUUUGUGAAAUUUAUUUUUAUAGUAUCAUUUUUUAUAAUAAAAUAACUAACAAUAUCCA